AUGGUGAAAGUUUGGCUUGCUGAGUCGGGGGUUGAUUGCACACCGCGUUCAUUUAAUAUGGAGAAGUAUGUGAAGGAAAUACUGGAUGACUUUGUGAGUGAUCCAGAAAGACGUUCAAGAUCUUGUUUAGUAUUUCUUGGAGAAGUGUUGGCGGAAGACGUCAGACUAAACGAUGUAAAAAAUAUGAAAGACAAGUACACAUUACACGUUAUGAUCCGUUCUACCUCAGAUCCUAUGCCGAAGUUACAGCUGGAUAGCAAGAAAUUACAGGAAUGUAGGGAGAAAUUUCAAUUCCUACGGGCUUCUAAACGCAGUCGCGAAAAGAUAGUAGAUGAAAUGAGUAGAGACGACUUCAUGGAAGGUCUACUGAAAGAAUUUCCACUUCUGAAGAAGGAUCGAAUGGCACGAAUAGUGGCGAAGGAUUUCAUUCUCUCGGGCGCCAUGAUUAUGGGAAAGCAAAACACAGAGGAAGCCUUUCUUCAGGACCAUCCAAUAUUAAUAGAUGUGAUACAUUAUUGGUUACGUGGCAUUAAUGUACCACCUAGGAUGUCCCAUUCCGGUUCGAGCGCUUCUAUAUCAGACAAUCCGACACCAUCCUCUGGACAAGGUGGUUAUGCACCCAUCGUAACUCCACAAAUGUUACAAGAGGCGGUUGCGCAAGCAAUGAGAAAUGUGGGAGGAGGUAGAAUCAAUCAGGGAUUGUCAUCGUCCUCGACAUCAUCGUCUCGAAACUCGCAUCAUUUUCCUGGUACGCUUUCAGCAUCUGGCUCUACACAGUAUGCUUCACAGUUGACUCAGUUAGCUGAUUUUGGCUUCAUAAACACCGAGGAAAAUAGGCGGAUUCUUGAAGAAACUGGUGGUAAUGUUGAACAAGCGCUAGAAUUGUUGAUUGCUUUGCGAGAAUCAGUUAUGGAUUUGGGGGAUACAUCAGAUAGUUAA